AUGUUGAUUGGGAAUCGACGACGGCCACAAAUGCAGAGAACAACAAGCAUAACGAGGAUCACCGUCGAGGUUGAUGUUGAUCAGACCGCCGGCCAACAUUCUGACGCGGAUAUGGCGGUGGUAGACGGCGGAGAUAACUACAACCAGCGGUUCCUGGCGAUGUUUUCCCCGGGAAAUCACCGGAGCGAGAGAAAAGAUGAGGGGAAGUCAUCUUUGUCUUCGUCGUCGUCUUUUCUUGGAAACUGUGGCUUUUGCAAACGGCGUUUAGCUCCGGGUCGUGAUAUUUACAUGUACAAGUAUGUUUUACAUAUUAGUUAA